AUGUUUGGUAUUACCUAUUGGUUUACAGUCCUGCUUCUAUCCCGCAACCGUCCGACCAUUUACCUUGACAAUUUUAAUGUUGUUUCGCUUAGAAACACCACCGCAACCUAUUUGAACCUGAGAAUCCAGAAUGAGAACUCGUGGAUAGGCAUUUACUACGAGGAUGCUCUAAAUCUCACCAUCAGUUAUUUGCCACCAACGAAAUCAAUAGAAAGUAAGGUUACCAUCGGACAAUGUGCCAUUCAAGGCUUUUAUCAAGGGCAAGGGGAGGUUAGACAUAUCCAAGCAUCUGUGGUGAUUGAAGACUUGUUUUCAAUGACUGAACAACGAAGGAGACUGGGUGAGACCCAUGUUUCCCUUUAUGGUCCAGUGAAAGUGAUCGAUUUUGUGGUAGAUUUGGAGGCCAACAUAAAGUUCAAGUCAAUUGAGAACAAAAAGUCCCAUCUGUUGAUGCAAUCUGGAGUGGAGGUUAACGACGACACUUGGACGUCUAUUCUAAAGACCGUUCAAAUGAAUGAUGAUUCUGGAUCGAAUACGUGGGGAGUCUGGCGAUGGAUAGUUGCAGUUCCUUUGAUUUUUUUGUUACAGAUUGUUCUAGGUCUUGGUUUUUGGUUAGCUUUGAAGGUUGUGGCCUUUGUUUCUGUUUUGUAA